CCGUUACUUUUGAACCUCCACCACCGCCGCCAUGACCACCGGAGGACUUCGAACCGUGAAUGACUCGGAAGGGGCAAUACUAGUGACCACGAGCGGUGUCUUUGGGCUGCCCGCCGUCAGACCUGACUUGAGGAUCCUAGCCGCGGUCUUGGUGGGUGGAAUGACGAGAUUGAGAACGGGGAGAAAGCUACAAGUACAACAGUACCAAAGUGGACUGGUCUAGAAGCCGUACAAACUACGGUUUAGUGCUCAUUCAGAAGCAAGCGUCCCUCAAAGCUGGCGCUGAAGACCUUCAAGCUUCAGGCUUCGCGUGCUUUCCCCAUAUUUAGAAGCCACUCAGACCUUUUGGUAUUCUCGCCAAGAGAGUUUACCCUCUUCGGUCGUGGUUAAUCGUAAUCCCACUAUAAUAAGUUCGCUUCGUGGGUAGUCCACAACUUGGACGCUAAUUCAAAUCCAUUUCAGCCUACCUUUCUUUCAGAAGGAUUGAUAAGGAUGCACGUGGUACUCUUACUACAAAGCAGAUGGUGUUUCUUCGAUGGAGCGCAGAAAAGAGCAUUGGCGAUCGCUCACGCCAUCCACUCAUCACUUCGAUGAGUCAAGCUCCCCGGCCUUUCAAUUCUUGAUAGGUGUACAUCGUUUGGUCAAACGGAUGUAUGCUACCCCG